AUGAAAUUUGUUGCUGUCAUGGUCAUGGUGCCGGCGCCAUGGGUCAGUCAACGAACGUUCCCAAUCCAACAAGCCAAACUCCGAUUCGGGACGCGAGAAGAGAAAAGCGAGAAGACCAAGACUAGACGAACACAGCAAGCAGGAACAAUGGAUGGAAACUGGACAACAGUUCUGCCUCGAAAGAGCAAGAAGAAGGGCAACAAAGGCAAUUCUGCCAAUGCUGCCGAGGGCACUGUGAUGGUUCCUCUUGGCCAGUUAUCUGCUAAUACGAUAAGCCCUGCAGAUGGAGGUUUUCCUUUGGGGGCAGCUACCAACGAAGUCGCCGCCACGGAGAACAGUACCAGUAACAAGGGAACUGCCACGAAGGGUUACAAGGCCACCGCUGCCACGGCAAUCAACAAAGAGGAUACAACGAGCGUCGCCAACAAGGAAGUGACUCAGCGAAGCAUUGCUGGGGCUCCAACUCCGGAACACGGUCGCAGUAACGGUACCAACAAUCAUGUGGCUAGCAACAAUGACAUCAAGCAUACUGUUAACUGGUAUGAUUACACACUCAAAAAAGCCAAGGAAACCUUUGAGAAAAAGCAACGAGGAGGCGUCCCAUGCGAUGAUAACUUGGGUGUUGACGAGUUUGAAUCAGCUGACGCAUUAUCUAAGGGCAACGGUUAUUGCAAAGACGACAGUCAAUUCGCCGAGAUGACAGCUCCUCGUUCCAAUGAAUCCAUCCCCACUACUAAUAUUGCUGACCACUACAAGGCAGUCAACAAUUUGAGAUGCUCUAAACAAGCAAGGAUGCAAAACUGA